AGCUGGACCAGGCGUAUUAUAAAUGUCUCGUACACUAUUGAAAUAAGGUAAAAGUAUACUCAUUGAGUUCACAGUCCUCGAAUGAUGUUGGGAAGUACAAUCAUAAACCAUCGACAGCAUGUUGGACUGCAGAAACUGUUGGCGCUGGCAGGAAUCUCACAUUCCUCUUUGGGCCCUUGUAUAAAGUACAAGUUUAUCCAAGAUGACAAAAGUGGGGAGUCUGCUCUUGUGUGCUCAUGUUUUCGCAUUAUUGAGACCCUGGAGCUGACCUGUGCAGUGGGUCAGCUGGUUUAUGAGACUAUUCAAGCCCACCAGAAGGUCUACCAUACAGGAUCAGGAUGCCUACUGUUCCUAGCAGGAGCCUGGAGCCGUGUUGCCCUGGACUGUCUUCAGAGAGGAAUUUCAGUAGGGAACAUAAUCUCAGCUAUGUCUGAAGGGAUGGAUGUAUGUCUGGAUGCUUGCAGGAAAUGUGCCGUUUCAAUUGAUGGUCUGGGUGUGACAUCGUUAGAGAGUUAUGCUGUGAAAGUGUCCAAGAAACCCAUCAAAAAUUCAUCGCCUGCAUUGUGCAGCAUGCAAGAAACAAUAAAGUUUGACCUCAAGACUCUGACCGUCGGUGAACAGAGAAGAAUAAAACUCAGCAGACAUUUUUGUGAGGCGAAGUCUGAAGAUUUCUCCAAAGUAUUGCUACAGUCUCCUCAGCCUAAGCUUCCUGACAUUGUACACAUUGCAGAGGGAUUGAGCCAUGGUUGUGAUGAUGCAAUGAAACUUGUUGUCGAAGUUAUUUGGAUGCAGUCAAAAACUAAUCAAGAAGAUGUGAGCUAUCCCAUGUUUGACAUUACUAAAGUGGUGACUUGUAUGCUCCCUGGUUUACCAGAGGACCACGGGUGCGUUGUAUUUGGCUGUGUUGUUCUUUUAUUUGCUGAACAGGCUACAGUCGCUCAUCACUUAAAAGAACAACAACUGAAGGUUGUUCUCAUAAAUGGAGAUUUAUCACAUACUUACCGCCAUCUUGGCUUUAACAGGCCGACAGGUAUGCACCGUGUGAGGGAUCACGUGGAUUUUUCAAGUUCGAGCAAAGAGGACGAAUGGGUGGAACAGACUGUGGCACAUCUGUUGAACCUGGAAGUGAACCUGAUACUAAUCCAUGGGCACGCUUGUGAAAAAGUGAUUCAGCACUGUUGUAGGCAUCGUAUACUUGUAGUGGAAAAUGUGAAGGCUUCUGUUUUGAAGACAUUUGCCAACUUGUCUGGAGUUGUUCCGGUAACCUUUGCUGCGCAACUGAGCAAGCAAAAUGUUGGCACUGGGGCAAAGGUUGCAAUAUGGAAAGACCUCAGUAGCCACGAGAAGAACGCCCUGGCUGUGAAUAUCUCAACUGGCAGCAACAGCGGGCUAGUUACAGUAAUCCUUACAAGCUCUAUACAUGGAAAGCUGCAGGCCCUGGAGGACCAGUUUUGGGCCUGUGCUUAUCGCUUACACUAUGCACUAAAAGACAGAGCUCUUCUACCAGGGGCGUGUGGGACAGAAAUGCUUUGUAUUCAUCACCUACAAAAGCAAGUGGAGUAUCAUGUCAUGUGUCACAGAGAAAAGAACGGUGAGAAAGGAACCAACCACUACACGCGUGUAGUGUUGGACCUCAUGGCAGAUGGUUUAAUAGAUUACAUAUCCACUGUAAUGGUUAACACUGGAAGAAUUUCAAAAGUCAAAGCUAGGACUGAGGUGAGCCAACAACUGCAGGACUAUAACAAGCAUCUAGGCAAUGCUACAAAGUCUCCACAACUUUUCUUUGACAGUAAAAAUCAGGAUAGUGAAGUCUUCACAGCACCAAAACCCAAUGAAGCGCGAGCAGUGGAAAUCUAUGAUAAUCUGAGCGUGAAACAGGAAGCAUGGAGGAAAGCCUUAGAUCUUGUUUUCUUGGUUUUACAGACGGAUGCAGAGAUUAUCACAGGCGUAGACCAAAAAACUGAGAUUGCCGAGAGCAGUCUCUUGCUGUUGUGAUGUUCAUGUAGAAUAUUUAGGCAAAAGAUUUCACUCUACAACAAAAACUGUUUUUUCUUCCUAAACAAAGUGAUUUGUAAAAUAUGCUGUAAUUAAUACACAGUCAAGGGCUUUUGAAAAAUGUUAUUACCUAUUUUCUGCCACAAGGGGGAGACAUCCUCAUUCUGAAUGUCUUCAGAAUUCUUUCUAAAACUUAUAUUAAAAAGUAAUAAAUAAUAAAGUUAUGUUGAAUAACC